AUGAUUCAUCAUCAUAAACAUUUUCAAUCAAUAAUAACACAAGAAAAACAUUUAUUACAACCAAUUACUCACGCUAUUGAUAUAUUAAUUGAAAAUCAAGUGAAUUUACAUGAUUUGAUAAAAGAUUUAAUUACAGAUAAUCAAAAUCAUACAGAUCAAAUAUUAAUACAAAAUACUUUAAAUAAAUUUGAAAUAUUAGAAUUCAUUGAAAAAACUGGUUUAAUGACAAUAAAAAAGAACAUUAAUGAAAGUCUUCGAUUAUUAAACUUCAACUUACCAAAUAAUAAAAAUAAUCUACAAUCACAUGAAACUUAUUUUAACGAUUUAACAUUAUUAAAUUCUUAUCUAUUCAAUCGCAUUUAUUUAUUUAUUUUUACAUUUUCUUCUCUUUUAUAUAUUUACCAGAAUUUACUAUGGUUUUUUCAAUAUUUAACUUUGAAAAAUCCUGAAAAAUAUUCUUCAUAUUCAUAUAUUCUUUCUAUUAUUAUGAUAAGUCAAUCAUUAGGAUUAAUUUAUUUUAUUGAAAUAACAAAAACAUUUAGUUAUCUUUCACCCUUAUAUAUUUAUGCAUGUAUUCUUUUGAUUCGAAGUUGUAUAACUAGUUAUCGAUAUUCUCUUUCUGUUUAUUAA